AAUCGUGCUUCGCCUGCCGGUGACACAGACUUGUUGCGCGUACGGUGUCCAAAUGUGCUCAAACCCGCGACUGUGCCGUUAAAUACGAACUAGCAUGUGCCGUUAAAAGUGACUGUGUGACAAUGUUUGUGGUUGUCCUACUUAUGUUGGCGUCUGCCUGCACAGCUGACAUCUAUGAGAGAGUUUGCAUCGGCACCAAUGGGCGGAUGUCGGUGCCAUCGAACCGCGACACUCACUACAGAAACCUUCGCGAUCGCUUCACGAACUGCACCUACGUCGAUGGAAACCUCGAGCUAACAUGGCUGCAGAACAAGUCCAUGGACCUCACCUUCCUCCAACACAUCAGGGAGGUCACGGGCUAUGUUCUAAUCGCCUAUGUUCAAGUAGAGAACAUCAGGCUCCCCCAACUGCAAAUAAUUCGCGGAAGGACUCUGUUCAAGCUUAAAGUUAGAGAGGAAGAGUUCGCGCUACUGGUGACUAUGUCUUCUGCUUUUACGCUGGAACUACCAGCCUUACGUGACGUGCUACGCGGAAGUGUCGGCAUAUACAACAAUUACAAUCUGUGCCACGUUAAAACAAUAAAUUGGGACGAAAUAAUCACGGGUGUGAAUGCAACGUACGUUUUCGUAUACACGUUUAACGUACCCGAGAGAGAGUGUCCCGCGUGCCACCCAAACUGCGAAGCUGGUUGCUGGGGCGAUGGCGCGCACAACUGUCAAAAAUUUUCCAAAACGAACUGCAGUCCGCAAUGUGAUCAAGGAAGAUGUUUCGGCCCUAACCCCAGGGAUUGUUGUAACACAUUUUGCGCUGGUGGAUGCACAGGGCCCUUGCCCAGUCAAUGCCUCGCCUGUCGAAACUUCUACGACGAAGGAACGUGCUCGCAAGAAUGUCCUCCAAUGCAGAAAUAUAACCCGACGACUUACUCUUGGGAGCCAAAUCCUAACGGAAAGUACGCAUAUGGAGCGACCUGCGUCCGCAACUGCCCGGAACAUCUGUUGAAAGACAGCGGAGCGUGCGUUAGGAGCUGUCCUCCUAACAAAACCGAUGUGAACGGCGAAUGUAUCCCUUGCAAUGUUACUUGCCCAAAGAAAUGCCGCGGUGAAAAACCGAUUCACUCCGGUAAUAUAGAAAGCUUUAAGGAUUGCACAAUCAUUGACGGUUCGAUCGAGAUUCUGGAAAUGACCUUCACUGGAUUUCAACAUGUUAAUCCAGACUACUCAUUUGGUGAACGUUAUUUGAAAAUGGAGCCCGAUGCGCUGGAAGUAUUCAGCACUGUGACGGAGGUGACUGGGUACCUGAAUGUGCAGGCUCACCAUCCCAACUUCACUAGUCUUUCUUAUUUUCGAAAUCUAGAGGUGAUAGGAGGACGCCAAGUGGUGGAGAACUUAUUUGCCUCUCUUUACAUUGUCAAAACGUCGCUCAGAUCGCUCGGAUUAAAAUCUCUGAAGAGAGUGAAGUCUGGUGCGAUUGCGAUAAUGGAAAACCGCAAUCUUUGUUUUGCCGAGAAUAUUGCGUGGAACAAACUGGUGAAGUCAAAAGACCACAAGCAAAUAAUCCAAAAGAAUGGGGACCAAAGAACUUGUGAGAAACAGAAUCUGGUGUGUGAUCCUGAAUGUUCAGCGGAUGGGUGCUGGGGCCCUGGGCCGGAUCAAUGCCUCUCAUGCGAAAACUUUAAACUCGAAGGGAACUGCAUACAGAAUUGUACCUUAGAGGAAGGGUUGUAUAAGGUGGGUCCUAAAUUAUGUAAAAAAUGCCAUUCUGAGUGCGCUGACGGAUGCACUGGCCCAAGUAGAGCCAACUGUACACGCUGCAAGCAUGUGCGCGACGGACCUAACUGCAUGGCGCAUUGUCCUGCCUCCAGAUAUGUCUCAGAGAACGGAACCUGUCUACCCUGCCACCCCAACUGUUUCAACGGGUGCACCGGACCGGCUAAUACCGUCGGCAAGGGUGCCUGUAACUCAUGCCAGAAAGCCAUCAUGAGUAUCGAAGCGACAGUUGAAAGCUGUCUCAAUGAAGACGAGGCUUGCCCAGAUGGUUAUUACAACGAGUGGGUCGGCAAUGUCAAGAUUUUAGAGGGAAAAGUAAAUGUGGUCUGCAGGAAAUGCCACCCAUUGUGUAUGCAAUGCGUUGGAUUUGGCAUACACGAGCAAGUUUGUAAAGUGUGCAAUGGUUUUAAAAAAGGCGACCAAUGUCAAGAUGAAUGCCCGGCGGAUCACUUCACAGACACAGUCAACCGUCUUUGUACACCAUGUCACCACGAAUGUAAAGGAUGCACGGGUCCCUCUUCAGUACAUUGCAUCAAAUGCCAGAAUAUAAAGGUAUUCCUUACCGAAACAACUUUCAAUUGUUCUACGAGUUGUCCUAACGACUUGCCCUAUAAAAUUUACUUCGACGAGCAGCUUCAAAAUACCAUAGAUGAACCGUACUGUUCAGCGUCAGCAAAAGGAGGAAUUCCGAACAUGGCAACAGCUAAAAUUCCCAUCGUGCUAGUAGUUAUACUCGUGUUUGCAUUUAUACUUUUGGUUAUCCUGGCCAUCAUUGGAUACACAUGCAGACAAAAAGCCAAAGCGAAAAAGGAAGCGGUGAAAAUGACAAGGGUGCUAACUGGUUGUGAGGACAACGAACCACUCCGACCUACCAAUGUUAAACCAAAUCUGGCAAAAUUGAGGAUCAUAAAAGAAGCUGAGCUUCGAAGAGGGGGUAUGCUUGGUUUCGGUGCAUUCGGAAAAGUUUACAAAGGUGUCUGGGUUCCCGAAGGAGAAAAUGUCAAGAUUCCUGUUGCAAUUAAAGUUUUGAAAGAGGGAAGCGGUGCUAGCACUAGCAAAGAAUUUCUAGAGGAAGCAUAUAUAAUGGCCAGUGUUGAACAUCCGAAUUUACUGCAACUUCUUGCUGUCUGUCUCACUAACCAGAUGAUGCUGAUUACGCAACUCAUGCCUCUCGGAUGUCUGUUGGACUAUGUCAGGACUCAUAAGGAAAAGAUCGGGUCGAAGGCAUUUUUGAACUGGUGUACCCAAAUAGCGCGCGGAAUGGCCUAUUUGGAAGACAAAAGAUUGGUUCACAGAGACUUGGCAGCUCGGAAUGUUCUAGUGCAAACUCCUAACUGUGUGAAGAUAACCGAUUUCGGCUUAGCGAAGCUAUUGGACAUAAACGAGGAUGAAUACAAGGCAGCUGGAGGCAAAAUGCCCAUUAAGUGGCUAGCGUUGGAGUGCGUGCAGCACAGAAUAUUUACACACAAAAGUGAUGUCUGGGCUUUCGGCGUAACAAUUUGGGAGAUAUUGAGCUAUGGUGCGCGGCCGUAUGCUAACAUAUCUGCGAGAAAUGUACCUGAACUAAUUGAGAACGGAUUGAAACUGCCCCAGCCUACUAUUUGUACGUUGGACAUUUACUGCGUAAUGGUUUCAUGUUGGAUGCUCGACGCAGAUAGCCGACCGACAUUCAAGCAGCUCGCCGAAAGAUUUGCUGAAAUGGCUCGUGACCCUGGACGAUACCUGGUCAUCCCCGGUGACAAGUUUAUGCGACUCCCAUCCUAUUCAACUCAGGAUGAAAGGGAAAUGAUAAGGAGUUUGUCUUCAGCCAUGGAUGGCCCCGAGCCAAUAGUAGAAGCGGAUGAAUAUCUCCACCCAAAAGCCGAUAUCACGCCCGGCUCUAUCUCGCCACUCACCUCCGUCUCGCCUGGAUCGCCCGAGAGCAGUGCAAUCAAGCCUAUUGCCUCUCCCUCCUGGGUGAACAACAUCAAUGGCCAACAAGGUGCGAUAGUCGAUAUCUCGAGGCCAAGUUGGGAAACAGAUCUCAUGAAGUACCCGCUCUCUCGCUACACCGUCAGCCCGAACGGCACGGAAAUGCGGCACUACUAUAACAAUGGCGCAUGCGCUUCCGAUUGCUCCAGUAGCUCCCGAUAUUGUAGUGGCCCCAUGAGGGUCCGAGCUGACGUCACGGAGAGCAGGUUCGACAGUAUGUCCAGAAACAAAGAAGCGCAAGUGGGCAACCUGAAACUGAACUUGCCCUUGGACGAGGACGAUUACCUCAUGCCAUCGCCGCAGCAAAACAAGAAUGCGUCGACGUAUAUGGAUUUAAUUGGCGAUGGCGGAGAAGAGCAGGAGGCUAAGGAUGAUGAAGAGUACAGCGGAUUCGUGGACUCGGAGCGAUGUGUGGAUAAUCCGGAGUACCUGAUGUCCGAACAGGGGGUUCCUCCGCAAACGAUCGGGAUACCCACCGAGCCGGUGGCGCUGGAGUCUUUGGAGACUUGCGAGAGCAGCGCCGGGGAUUCGACGCCGCAGCCGGGCCCGAGCAAAUACCAGCCGCAGCGGUCGGUGGAGGAGGAAUCGAUGUCCGACCACGAGUACUACAACGACCUUCAGCGGGAACUCCAACCCCUACGACGCGACGAGACCACGGUGUAAGCGACGAGCGAACUGCUCAGUGGAAGAUCGAUGUCUUAGCGAUCACAGGUUAGGUUAACAACGCGAAUACUGUCUUCGGCAGCGAAGUGGUUUCAGUACGUAGGUGAUCGCUGGCGCGAACAGUGCUCGGAAUGGACGAUGUAAUCUCACAACUUAUGAUUGUUUUACUUAAAAAGUGCCAUUUUAUGCGAUGGCUAGGUUUUAGCUUGUUGACAAACUUUUAAUUAAAAAAAAAUUAUCGUUUUACUAGAAAUCUAUUACACAAUUUUUGUUAUUCACUUAA